AUUGUUUUUCCCCAAAUGAAAAAUCUCAAUCGUCGCUGUCACAUGAGCCCCGUAAAAUCCUAUUGCAGUGCAGGCAUUGUCUGCUGCUCUGUGGCGGGAACUGAGGAGUAAGCAGAGCUCUAAAACCCUGCUCGGUGCUCAGGGCCCCCUAAACCCUAGAAAUUUCUAUCUGAGUUACGAUCUCAUUUCCAUUCAAUCAUCUUCCAGAGGGGAUAAAGCGCAGAAAGAACUGCCAAGAAAGUGUUUAGAAAUUUCUACCUGAGUUACGAUCUCAUUUCCAUUCAAUCAUCUUCCAGAGGGGAUAAAGCGCAGAAAGAACUGCCAACAAAGUGUUUCAUCUCGCGAACGCUCUUCAGCACCAUAAUGUACUGGCCAACGGUCAAAACCGUCGUCGUUUCCUUCCCGAGAUGGCGCUCCCUCCCGCUCCUAUUCUGUUCCUCUGUUCCUAACAAGCGUUUAUUUAGCUCUUCUCGGCUUCCACCUAAAAGACGGUGUGAGCGGAUUCACUGUUUUAGAGAACAGAAGGUUUUGAAGGGAACCCCAAAAGUGACCAAAAAAUUGAAGGAUUCAAAAGAAGCCUUAGAUGACAAGGAUUAUUCUCACAUAAUGUGGUGGAAGGAGAGGAUGCAGAUAUGCAGAAAGCCUUCCACUGUCCAACUAGUUAAAAGGCUCUCAUAUUCUAAUUUGCUGGGGCUGGACGUUAAUCUGAAAAAUGGGAGUUUAAAAGAAGGAUCACUGAACUGGGAGAUGUUGCAAUUUAAGUCAAGGUUUCCACGUGAAGUUUUACUCUGUAGAGUUGGUGAUUUUUAUGAAGCUAUCGGACUCGAUGCUUGUGUUCUGGUUGAAUAUGCUGGUUUGAAUCCUUUUGGUGGUACACGUUCAGAUAGUAUUCCAAGAGCUGGCUGCCCUGUUAUGAACCUACGACAAACUUUGGAUGAUUUGACAAAUAAUGGGUAUUCGGUUUGCAUAGUGGAAGAAGUUCAGGGUCCAACUCAAGCUCGUUCUCGUAAGGGCCGUUUUAUAUCCGGGCACGCACAUCCUGGAAGUCCUUAUGUCUUUGGGCUCGUUGGGGUUGAUCAUGAUCUUGAUUUUCCAGAACCAAUGCCUAUAGUUGGAGUAGCUCGCUCUGCAAAAGGAUAUUCAAUAACUCUAGUCCUAGAAACCAUGAAGACAUUUUUAGCUGAGGAUAGUCUGACAGAAGAGGCUUUAGUCACCAAGCUCCGUACUUGUCGUUACCAUCACUUGUUUCUUCAUACAUCUUUGAGACACAAUUCAUCAGGCACUUGUCGUUGGGGAGAAUUUGGUGAGGGCGGGCUGUUGUGGGCAGAGUGUAGUGCCAGACACUUUGAAUGGUUUGAAGGCAAUCCUGUUACUGAGCUUUUGGUUAAGGUAAAGGAGCUCUAUGGACUGGAUAGUGAAGUUGCAUUUAGAAAUGUCACUGUUUCUUCAGAAAAAAGGCCCCGUCCUCUACACCUUGGGACAGCAAAGCAAAUUGGUGCCAUACCAACAGAGGGGAUACCUUGUUUAUUAAAAGUUUUGCUUCCAUCAAAUUGCACUGGUCUACCUACACUGUACAUUAGAGAUCUUCUUCUCAAUCCUCCUCCUUAUGCGAUUGCAUCCACUAUUCAAGCAACUUGCAAACUGAUGAGCAAUAUAUCAUGCUCUAUUCCUGAGUUUACUUGUGUCUCAUCAGCGAAGCUUGUCAAAUUGCUUGAGCUGAGGGAGGCUAAUCACAUUGAGUUUUUCCGAAUGAAAAAUGUGCUUGAUGAAAUAUUGCAGAUGUAUAGAAACUCUGAGCUUAAAGAAAUUCUUCUUUCAUUGAUGGAUCCUACUUGGAUUGCUACUGGGUUGAAAAUUGACUUUGAGACCUUAGUGACUGAAUGCGAAUGUGCUUCACAUAGGAUUGGAGAAAUGAUCUUUCUAGAGGGUGAUAGUGAUCAAAAAAUAAGUUCAUAUCCAUUAGUACCAACUGAUUUCUUUGAGGAUUUGGAGUCUUCAUGGAAAGGACGAGUGAAGAGGAUCCAUUUAGAAGAAGCAUUUGCAGAGGUGCAAAGAGCAGCCGAGGCCUUGUCUGUAGCGGUUUCUGAAGAUUUCCUGCCUAUCAUUAAUAGAAUAAAGGCUUCUACAGCGCCACUUGGAGGGCCAAGGGGUGAAAUAUUAUAUGCUCGUGAGCAUGAAGCUGUUUGGUUCAAGGGAAGGCGCUUCGCACCGGCUGUGUGGGGUGGAACCCCUGGGGAAAAGCAAAUUAAACAACUAAGACCCGCUGUAGAUUCGAAAGGCAGAAAGGUUGGGGAGGAAUGGUUUACCACCAUGAAGGUGGAGGAUGCAUUAAUGAGAUACCAUGAGGCAGGUGCCAAGGCAAAAGCAAGGGUCUUGGAAUUGUUAAGAGGACUCUCUGCUGAGUUACAAAUGAAAAUUAAUAUCCUUGUCUUUGCUUCCAUGUUGCUUGUCAUAGCGAAAGCAUUAUUCUCUCAUGUGAGUGAAGGGAGAAGAAGGAAAUGGGUUUUUCCCACUCUUUUGGAGUUCCAUACUACUGAGAAUAUUGAACCAGUGAAUGGAACUAAAGGGAUGAAGAUCACUGGUUUAUCACCAUAUUGGUUUGAUGUAGCACAAGGCAGUGCUGUACAUAAUACGGUUGAUAUGCAAUCGUUGUUUCUUUUGACAGGACCUAAUGGGGGUGGUAAAUCAAGUCUUCUUCGAUCAAUUUGUGCCGCUUCAUUACUUGGAAUUUGUGGUUUUAUGGUGCCUGCAGUGUCCGCCAAAAUUCCUUUUUUUGAUUCUAUCAUGCUUCACAUGAAAUCUUAUGAUAGCCCAGCUGAUGGGAAAAGUUCAUUUCAGAUUGAAAUGUCAGAGAUCCGUUCUAUAAUUACUGGAGCUACUUCAAGAAGUCUUGUCCUUCUUGAUGAAAUAUGCCGAGGAACAGAAACAGCGAAAGGGACCUGUAUUGCUGGUAGCAUUGUUGAAACUCUUGAAAGAAUUGGCUGUCUGGGGGUUGUGUCCACCCAUUUGCAUGGGAUUUUUGCUCUGCCUCUUAAUACUAAGAAUACUGUACAUAAAGCAAUGGGAACUGUGUGCAUUGAUGGUCAAAUAAAACCUACAUGGAAGUUGAUGGAUGGAAUUUGUAGAGAAAGUCUUGCAUUUGAAACUGCUCAGAAUGAAGGAAUUCCUGAAACUAUAAUCCAAAGAGCUGAAGAGUUGUAUCUUUCAGUAUGCACGAACGGUGUGUCUUCUGCCAGAAAUGACACAAAAUUAGAACAUUUUUGUUCUGAACCAAAUGCAAAUGGCUCUGAUGAAGCCUAUUUUCAACCAAGGGCGAUUAAAGCAGGAGCUGCCCAUCCUAAAACCAAUUCAACAAAUAGAAGAGGGAAUGCACAAAAGGAAGUUGAGAGUGCUAUCACUAUUAUUUGUCAGAAAAAACUGAUUGAUCUCUACAAGCAGAAAAACAUGUCUGAACUUGCAGAGGUCAACUGUGUCACUAUUGGUGCCAGAGAACUACCGCCUCCAUCAACAAUUGGUGCUUCAAGUGUCUAUGUUAUGUUUAGACCUGAUAAGAAACUCUAUGUUGGAGAGACAGAUGAUCUUGAAGGUCGAGUACGUGCACAUCGUUCAAAGGAGGGAAUGCAGAAUGCCUCGUUCAUUUAUUUUGUUGUCCCAGGGAAGAGCAUGGCUUGCCAACUUGAAACGCUGCUCAUCAAUCAGCUCCCUAAUCAAGGCUUCCACCUAACCAACAUAGCUGAUGGUAAGCAUAGGAACUUUGGAACAUCUACUAUCCCUUCCGAAAGUGUGAUCUUAAAUUGAUCAUUGAUCAACCCUCAUUUCUCCAAUCUCCCAUUUUGUAAAGGCUGUGUAGCUUAGCUAGUCAUGGGAUACACAUAUAUUAUGUAAUUUAAAUGUCAAGAUGAAGGAUGACAAAACUGUAUUUGAAGUGGGGCAGCAGUUUUGGUUUUUGAUGUCAGUUGUUCCAUUGUAAUAUGAGCUCUUGCAUUCAAGCUGUUUUGUAGCUUCCUCUUCAUUUAUAUUAAUUGUUUCCCAUGGUUUGGAUGUUGCCUUUGA